AUAACCACGGUGCUGCUGCAGGAGCUGUGAAGGGUCCCUGGUGCUGGAAGUCGGGGCCGAGUCUCUGCGGCCACCUACACCAGAGCAAGACGGCAGGGAGAAACCAGCCCUUUCGGGAAUCAGCCUCUCCGGGCGCUGAGGAACUUGGCCACCGUAGUGGGAAAGAAAGCUCUUCUCCCUCUUUCCCUCCCUGCCGGCCGUGCAGGGAGCGGAGGAUCGGGCCAGCCCGCCCCCGCCGGGUGCCCAAGGCGCUGCCCGCUCCCAGCCGCUAUAAGAGCGGCGCCGGGAUCGCUGCGGCUGGGGGCGCGCUUCCUUCUCGUCGCGGGUUUCUGGGAUUUGCUGGUGCCGCUGUGCUGUCCCGCCGUGCCGGCAGGCCGUGGCGGGCCCGGGGUGUAACACGAGCGGCGAUUCCCUCGGCAGGCCAUGUCAUCCGUGAGCAUCGAGUGCGUGGCCAAGGAGGGCUGCAGGAUCGGGGAGUCGCCCGUGUGGGACGAGAAGGAGGGCGCGCUGCUCUUCGUGGACAUCACGGGAAGGAAGGUGUGCCGCUGGAGCCCGCUCAGCCGGCAAGCACAGGCCAUUCCCGUGGAUGCUCCUGUGAGCUCCGUGGCUCUCCGGAAGUCUGGGGAUUAUGUCAUCACCCUAGGAACCAGGUUUGCUGCUUUGAAAUGGAAAGAGGAGCUGGUAACCACCAUUACUCAAGUGGACAAGGAUAAAGCAAACACCCGAUUCAAUGACGGGAAGGUGGAUCCUGCAGGGAGGUAUUUUGCAGGUACAAUGGCAGAGGAGAUUCGUCCCGCCGUGCUGGAGCGACGCCAGGGCUCUCUGUACACGCUCUUCCCCGACCUCUCAGUGGUGAAGCACUUUGACCAGGUGGACAUUUCUAAUGGGCUGGACUGGUCGCUGGAUCACAGGACCUUCUUUUACAUUGACAGCCUCUCCUACUCGGUGGAUGCCUUUGAUUAUGACCUCCAAACUGGAAAAAUUGGCAACCGUAGGAGUAUAUACAAACUGGAAAAAGAGGAGAGCAUUCCUGAUGGGAUGUGCAUUGACACAGAAGGCAAACUCUGGGUGGCUUGUUAUGAUGGUGGGAGAGUGAUUCGCAUUGACCCUGAGACAGGAAAAAGACUCCAGACUGUGAAACUUCCUGUAGACAAAACAACUUCCUGCUGUUUUGGUGGAAAGGAUUAUUCAGAAAUGUUUGUGACUUCUGCCAGUGAUGGGAUGGAUAAAGAGUGGCUUUCACGGCAACCGCAGGCUGGUGGGAUUUUCAAGAUAACAGGACUGGGGGUGAAAGGAGUUCCACCGUAUCCAUUUGCAGGUUAAAUACAUUCUUCAGAAUGGAUUAGAGAGGGCUGACGUAAGCGAGACAAGUCUGAAGGUCUUAUCCUGGUGUUCAGCAUCUUUUGCUUGGAAACCAUUACACCAUUAAAACAUUUCAUCAGGAAAGGAUGAAAAACUACUGAAAUACAUGAAAUAUUUUAAAACUGAUCUUUGUUUUCCCUUUAAAUUUACUUUUAAUAUAUGAUGGUACUUUUUCUGUUCUGCUAAAAAGAUUCUCAUCCUAAUAAGCAACCGUUGUAAUUCUAUUUUAUGAUUAAAUAAUAUUUUAAUAUAUUUUA